CGCCCAGUGGUGGGGGAUAGAAAAAGAGAUCAGCAGGAGCAGGGGCUACUGUGCAGAGGACAGCCCGACAGACACCGCAGCUCCAGCAUCACUCGUGGCUCUCUCAGCCUUCCCAGCACCAUGAGGGUCCUGGCAGCUGCCCUGGCUGUUCUGCUCCUUGUGGCCAUCUGCUCCCUGGCUGAGGCUGAUCCCAGCAUCCCCAGCAGCGCUGCACUUUACCACCAGAACGAAGCUGAAGACACCAUCUGCUGCUUCUCCUACAUUUCCCGCCCCAUUCCACGCAGGAUGAUCAGCUCUGCCUACGUGACCAGCAACACCUGCUCAAGGCCAGCUGUGGUCCUGGUCACCAGGAGAGGAACGAAGGUAUGUGCAGACCCCAGUGCUCGCUGGGUGCAGGAAUACCUGAAGGACAUGGAGCUUCAGUAGUCGCUCCUCCCUGCUGCUGGUCCCGGGCAGAGUGCUCAGCCCCCACCAUGAGGACUGCAGUAAGAGUGCUUGAGCUGCAUCCUUCUUCAAAAGGAAAAUUUACUACAAUUGGCAUACACUGGUUUAACUAAACUUUGCUUUUGCAUAAAUGCUUGAAUAAAAUGUUGGCUUGUCAAA